CAUUUCACCAUCAUGAGGGAAAUUGUGCAUCUUCAGGCCGGCCAGUGCGGUAAUCAGAUCGGGUCCAAGUUCUGGGAGAUCAUCUCCGAUGAGCACGGUAUCGAUCCGACCGGCCACUAUCAUGGUGACACCGAUUUGCAGCUCGAGCGCAUCGACGUGUACUAUACCGAGGUGAACGGCAACAAGUAUGUGCCGCGUGCGGUACUGGUCGAUCUCGAACCCGGCACGAUGGAUUCCGUCCGUCAGUCACCGUACGGUGCCCUAUUCCGGCCGGAUAACUUCGUUUACGCUCAGUCGGGUGCCGGCAAUAACUGGGCCAAGGGUCACUACACCGAGGGUGCCGAGCUGGUGGACAACGUGCUGGACGUGAUACGCAAGGAGACGGAAGCGUGCGAUUGCCUGCAGGGUUUCCAGCUGGCCCAUUCGCUUGGCGGUGGUACCGGUUCCGGUAUGGGCACGCUGCUGAUAUCGAAAAUUCGCGAAGAAUACCCCGAUCGCAUCAUGAACACAUUCUCCGUCGUUCCAUCGCCAAAGGUAUCCGAUACCGUGGUAGAGCCGUACAAUGCAACGCUCUCCAUACACCAGUUGGUGGAAAACACGGACGAUACGUUCUGUAUCGACAACGAAGCUUUGUACGAUAUCUGCUUCCGAACGCUUAAGCUAUCCUCUCCCACCUACGGGGACCUCAAUCACUUGGUAUCCGUUACGAUGUCGGGUGUGACGACGUGCCUUCGGUUCCCCGGACAGCUGAAUGCUGACCUGCGGAAGCUGGCAGUGAAUAUGGUACCAUUCCCGCGUCUUCACUUCUUCAUGCCCGGGUUCGCGCCGCUCACGGCUAAAGGAUCGCAGCAGUACCGCGCCCUGACGGUGCCGGAACUGACUGCACAGUUGUUCGAUGCCAAAAACAUGAUGACCGCCUGCGAUCCUCGCCACGGUCGAUAUCUGACGUGUGCGGCCAUCUUCCGAGGCACAAUGUCCAUGAAGGAAGUGGACCAGCAGAUGCUGAACAUCCAGAGCAAGUACAGCAGCUACUUCGUGGAGUGGAUACCCAACAACGUGAAGGUGGCCGUGUGCGAUAUUGCGCCGCGUGGCUUGAAAAUGUCCGCCACCUUCAUUGGCAACACCACGGCAAUACAGGAGAUCUUCAAGCGCAUCUCGGAGCAGUUUACCGCCAUGUUCAGACGGAAAGCGUUCCUGCACUGGUACACGGGCGAGGGCAUGGACGAGAUGGAAUUUACCGAGGCGGAAUCGAACAUGAACGAUCUGAUCUCCGAGUACCAACAGUAUCAGGACGCGGAAGUGGAGGACUAUGACGAGAUGGAGGAAAUCCCGGAAGAGGAACAACAGCAGCAGCAGGAGUGA